AUGGCUCAUAUACCAUCGAUUCGCACUACUCUUGAACGGGCUCGCUUUGCCACGUCCUCCCGUCUAAUUGCAUGUCUGAUCAAUGAACAUCUAGUUCGAGCCAAUGCUGAUUCGCCUUAUAGUGUUGUUAUAAAUUCUCUCGAUGAUGAUGUCGAUAUGGACAAUAAACUCUUUCUCUCGCUCAUUCAUGCGAUCCCAGUGGGUUCUCUAACUUCGUUAGAUCCCACUGACAUAGUGCCUUUCCAUAUUUUGGACAAAAACGGUAAAGAGCUUCUUUGUCCUGUCGAGAUUGCCGAUCAAUUUUGGGAAGGAUGCACGAUUGAUCUGAAGCAAGAGUUGGCGAGUUCAGUUAGAAAACAAGAAUGGAUACUUAAUCAUCUUCCUACAAAAAUUCCAUCGCUCUUCUCGCCUGCUAUCGAGUGGGAUCGUUAUCUAAUCGAAGGUCAUCCAACCCACCCAAUGCAUCGUACACAAAUACCAUUUGAUGGUUUUGAGUCGGUUUUAGCGACGCCCAUGGUCAAGUUUAUUUCGAUUCCUCGCUCGGAACUGGUCAUUCACGGCGAAUGGGAGACGAUUAUGAAACAUUAUCUUCCCUCAGCGCCAUCUCCCGACACUCUCAUUCUACCCGUUCAUGAGUUGCAAGUAUCUAACGUACUUUCACGCAUUCCAUCAGCAACGCUUAUUCCAAACUUCGAACGGCAAUUCGUUGCUCAAUCCUCUAUUCGAACAGUCGUACCUCAGCUUGCCUCCGAUCUGCCUGGCUUUCUUCUCAAACUGGCGCUGACAAUAUGCACGACUGGUGCAUGGCGAACUAUCUCUUAUUAUUCUGUCUACAAUAGUCCUCGUAUUACUCCACUCGCAAAAUUCAUUGCUCCCGAAUGUCUUGUCGUGUUGGGUGAAGUAGCAUCGAUUGGCUCGAAUGCCACUGAUGAAAUGGUAAGCAAACACAUUGCUUGUAUUAUACGUGAAGAUGCUGAAGCACUCAUGCCCAAUGAAUCGAUUAUAGUGGCAUAA